UUUAUUUCUGGCAAUGUCUUUUGUUUUUUAACUUACCUAUUCUGCAGGCUUUUAUUCAGAAUUUGGCUUUGUUUUUCACUUCAUUUUAUAAGUCUCACAUUCGUGUGCUGGAAACUCCUGGAGAGAACAUAGCUGCUUUGCUCAUGGGUGUUGAAUAUCUUACCAAAAUUUCAAAUGGUGAUUUGCCUGUUGUGAUUUCAUGCGCUAGUGUAGCUCUAGCAGAUGCAGGGAUAAUGAUGUAUGACCUUGUAACUUCAGUUUCAGUGGUUCCAAGCAUGCUGUUUCAAGGUUCUUUGCUUCUUGGGCUCAUCAGUAGAGCCACUCUUGGUUAUGCAAUGAGUGGUUUGCUUGAUUGGAGAGUAAUAGAUGGCACGUGAGGUGGAAAGCCCCU